AUGGUAACCGAGUUUAGAGAAGCUUUCCGAAAUAACCCUUGUCUUUGGAAAAUUAUAAGCAACGAUUACAGAGACAAAAAUAUGAAGUUUCAAGCAUACAAUAAUUUAUUAGAAAUUAUACGUAAAGUGGUACUAUUGACAACGUUAAGAAAAAAAAAUUCAUUAAGGGUGGGGUACCGUAAAGAACAUAAAAUAGAGCCAGGUAGCAAGAGGAGUGGUUCAGCAAUUGACCAGGUAUACGUGCCAAAAUUACGUUACUACAGUCAGCUUGAAUUUCUUUAUAAUCAAAGCGAAGGUGAACUAUCGGCUGACAAUAUUGACAGCAGCGCACAGGAGACAGCUAAUGAUAAUGAAAAUACAUUUGAUGCUGAGCAUAGUGAAAAUGAUACUCAGAAUACCAAAUACAACGUGUCUUCACCUGCGAUACCUGCAACAUCUGCACGUCGUAAACGACAAGUCAAUGAUGGAAUUCAAAAUUCAAUAUCGUUGAUAGGUAAAAAAUUACAAAAGCCUGAUGAUGAAUAUGAUGUUGCUGGAAAAAUGUCGCAGCUAAACUCCGCAACAUGA